AUUGCGCAGAGGUUUUAAAUUAAUUUUGCACUGCUAUUGGAAACGGGAAAGUCUUGAAAUGUAAGUCCAAAAGAGUGCGAUCAAGGAGGAGAACAAAUUGUAUGGAAGGAAUUUGUUUGUUCUUCUCAAAAGAUUGUUCUAAGAGAAAAGAGCAAUGAUUCAUGAAGAAGUAAUGUGAUAGCAAUGAGAUUUUAAUUAAAGGAUAUUUGGUUAGGUCCAAGGCUAUGGCACAUGUUAUGUAUAUCUUUAUAGUUGAGAGUGAAGUGAACAUAAAAGGAUCAAUGAAGAAAUUUGAGGGUGAGCAUCAUUUGACGAAGGGUGAGAAAAGUUAGUUUUGCGAAAGGUGUGGUAGGAACUUGAAGCACUAAGGUUCUAUUUUAAAUAAGAUUGAGAUUUACAGAUGAUGACAUAUCUAAUCGAUUCUCUUUAGGUGUUAGCCCCAUAAGCAGUUUUAAUCUGGUGAGAUCUCUUUGAUACCUAUUAAUUUUCUUCAGGAUCCAUAGAAUUAGUAGAAGGUGUGUUUUCCUUAACCCCAAGGAUUGGAUCUACUAGGAAGCAAGCAUUGUCUUCUAGGCAAGGUCCAGGGUUCAAGUCUUCAGACUAGCACUUAAGGAAUUUAAUUUUCUUGAAUGCACCAGGCUGAUGUGGGAAGUGUGCCCUUAAGACCACCCAAGGAGGAAUUUGUCUUGAGAUGCCCAAAAAAGGGGGUAAAAGGGCUUGACUUCGUUGCUGAUGGAUCUUAAUCUCAUUGACAUGCACUUUAAAGUUCUUUUAUUUUUGUCAUGUGUAACCUUAAAUCUCAGUUAACUUUUUGCACUGCUAGGAAUAUUGGGAUUGGAAAAUCUUGUGUAUAGUGAUUUAACAGUUCAGUAUUUGUGUGGCAAAUGUUUUUAUGCAUAAUCAGCUUUGUAGAUAAUGUACUUCUGCACAUGUGGCAUCAGCUGGUGAAACACGUUAGAUCAAAGGAAGGGAAUUUUUUUUUUUAAUAUCAAAACUAUGCACAAAAAAAAAAGAAAAAAGAACAAUGUCACAACAGUUCAGUAUUGAUCUGUUCCUGCUUUUACAGUCUACAUACCAUGGCAACAUCUCAUGGGUAAUAUGCACACCAUGGGUAAAUGUAGUCAACAUCUCAUGGGUAAUAUGCACACCAUGUACAAGAGAAUUGAUCAGGACUGGUAAUGUAAGUAUAUGCAGACACCAUUUUCCCCUUUUAAUCUAACUGGAAAACACCUAUUGUCUACCAUGAAAUUUGGUAAUUUAAACUCGAUGUACUAAACAAUCUAUCCGAAUGAAGUGAUAAUGUCGGU